AACUAGGUUUUUGAUUAAAACUUUGUUUUAUUCCAGAUAUCUAGACCAAGCUCGGCAUUUACUAGUUUCCCUGUGGUUCUUAGAUGCGGGCAAAGCACUAUACGCAUUAUGAAUAGGUUGGGUAUGCAAGGGUAUUAGAUCUUCGGCGUGCCGUUCUUUCUCGUUUAAAUCUUUAAAAUACAAAUUACAAAUUGCGAACCUUCAAUUUUAAGUUCGCAAAUGCAAAACCAAGUUUCUGGUUGUAUAAUUUGAUUUUAAAUAAAUUAGUUUCAUAUAGGCUGGGGAAGUCAACUAUUUGUUUAUCUAAUGGUAGUAAAAAUAAGUCUCACAUUAGAACAAUGCGUGCCAACUGAUCGAGAAGUACAUGUGAAUAUAAGUGUUGGCCUGUUGGGUUUCGCGGAGGAUGGGUUUGGGCAGGGCUAAAUGUGCCAGGCUAAGCUGAUGCACUUUGCAAAUGCGAUUGCACUGAGCCGGUUUGGCGCAAACAAGUUAAAAUUGCGGGCAACUUAGCUGGAUUCGCGUUGCCGUCACUUUCACCGCACUUUUGGGCUCACUUUCCUUUCACACUUGGAGCUGGAGUCAGUCGACUGCAGGUAUUGCAGGCCAACGGUAGCAGGAACGCCAUAUGCCAUGCAGCUUGUUUAUCGGGAACUGGAUGCGGAUAUUGUGCGUCGCACAAAUGCCAUAUUUCCGGCGCAGGAUUGCUUUGUCGAGGUGCUGCCCGAUCAACUGAUCAUACCACGCAAAUAUGUAGAGCUCGGUGAAUCGAUAAGCAAUUUGCCCGUCUAUGAAGAUGAUGUGUGGAUGGUGUCGUAUCCACGUACCGGUUCGACGUGGGCCCUAGAGAUGGUCUGGCUGCUAGGCCAUCAGCUGGACUUUGAGGCCGCGAAGCAGGAUGUGCGAAUGCGUGCACCCUUGAUUGAGCUAUCCGCACUAUUCAGCAUAGACCAUCAUCAGUGGGUAGCGGAUGCUUUUGGCAACACAGUUGAGCUGGUGCGCAAUCUGCCACGUCCUCGGUAUGCACGUUCGCAUCUGUCCUGGCAGCUGCUGCCAGAGCAAUUUGAGACGGUCAAGCCAAAAAUUGUGUACACCGCGCGCAAUCCCAAGGAUCUGUGUGUCUCCUACUAUCACUAUUGCAAGCUGCUCCAUGGAAUCAAUGGUGAUUUUGAGCAAUUCGUGGAGCUCUUUCUGGGCGGCCAUACGCCCAUGGGCUCGUACUGGAAGCAUGUGCUGCCCUUCUGGAAGCGCAGCGUUGAUGAUAAUGUCCUAUUUAUUAAAUACGAGGACAUGAUUCGCGAUUUGCCCGCGGUGGUAAGACGCUGUGCCCAAUUCCUGGAUGUUUCAAAUAUUCUCAACGAAGCCAACAUGGCGCGCAUUUGCGACCAUUUGAAGUUCGACAGCAUGCAAAACAAUAAAGCCAUCAAUCUGGAGCGUGAACUUCCUCAGAGGGAGACGAAAUUCAUACGCAAAGGCAAAAUUGGCGACUGGCGAAAUCACAUGACCGAUGAAAUGUCCGAGAGAUUUGAUUCAUGGUCCGAGCAACAUUUGCGCGGAAGCGGCUUGACAUUUGAUUACGAUUAGAGCCAUGUGCUUCUGUAUAUGAAUUGUUUAUAUAUUUGAUAAAAUCAUUUUGAAAAAUAUA